AUGCUCGUUAACACGCGAUUCGGACCAGUUGUCUCGGGCAUAACCGAGGAUCCCGAUACCUCUGUCGACAAGGAAGAGGACGCACGGAUCCUGAAACGUUUUCAGGAUACCGCCCAGGUGAUUGACGACUACUUGCACGUUCAAUUUCCCUGGAAGUCAUCGCACCCUCGCCUUGCCGACAACAAAAUGUUGGCCCUUAAGCGUCUUCAGAGCCAGUACCGUUCCUUCCAAACCAAACCAUCUCUUUGGAAAGCAUAUACCGCAACCUUUACCGACUACCUGGAGCAGGGCAUAAUAGAGGAGGUCGACGAGCACCAGUUCGAAGACCACAGAGUCUAUUACAUCCCGCAUCAAGCAGUCAUAAAGGAAACAUCGGCCACCACUAAAUUAAGAGUCGUGUUCGAUGCGUCCCCCCACUACAGAGGCGCACCGAGCUUAAACGACUGUCUCCACUCUAGCCCCGCAAUCCUACCAGACAUGAUUCGUUUACAACGUAAUGAACGGAAUGCCACUCGUUUCCUUUGGCUUCGCAACCCUAACCUACCACCAACUCCGGAUAAUCUUCGGAUCUUCCGGUUUACACGCGUACCAUUCGGUAUAACCGCAUCAUCAUUCCUUUUAGCCGCAUCCAUUCUACAUUACCUCCAUCUUGAACCAUUCAAGCCACUCCACAAGGAGAUCGAGGACAACAUCUACGUCGACAACAUCCUCCUUAGUGCCUCCUCCGAGCGACAAGCCAUUAAGAAAUACCGCUCCUCCAAAUCCCUAUUCAAUACCAUGCACAUGAACCUUCGAGAGUUCUUGUGCAAGUCCAACACCGUUAACCACUCCAUCGAGCCAUCUGAUCGAGUUAGGAAUCCAUCAUCCGUGAAGAUCCUUGGUAUCCCCUGGAAUUCACGCACCGACACUCUUCUCAUACCACUUAAAACCGCAUCCGCGAAUGUGUACUCGAAGCGCACAGCGCUCAGUGCAUGUUCAUCCAUCUUUGAUCCACAUGGUCUUCUCACACCAUUUUUAGUGCCCUUCAAGGUAUUCAUUCAGGACAUCUGGAAGAAGGAAUACCAAUGGGACACUCCAUUUGACCGAUAA